AUACGAUCUGUUCCUGCUCUUCUAGCGUCUGCUGGCCUGACCGAGGAGCAGAAGGAAUUCCAAAAAGUUGCCUUUGAUUUUGCUGCCAAGGAGCUGGCCCCACAUAUGGCAGAGUGGGAUGAAAAGGAAAUAUUCCCUGUGGAAGCAAUGCGGAAGGCAGCCCAGCUGGGAUUUGGUGGCAUCUAUGUGAAACCAGAUGUCGGUGGCUCCGGCUUGUCACGACUUGAUACCUCCAUCAUCUUUGAGGCUCUGUCAACGGGCUGUGCCAGCACCACUGCCUAUCUGAGCAUCCACAACAUGUGUGCUUGGAUGAUUGACACCUUUGGGAAUGAGGAACAGAGACAGAAGUUCUGCCCAUCGCUCUGUAGCAUGGAGAAACUUGCUUCUUACUGCCUGACAGAGCCAGGAAGUGGAAGCGAUGCCGCUUCCCUGCUGACCACAGCCAAGAGGAAAGGGGACACCUACGUCCUGAAUGGCUCUAAGGCCUUCAUCAGCGGUGGCGGUGACACAGACGUGUACGUGGUGAUGUGUCGUACGGGAGGCCCGGGGCCCAGGGGCAUCUCCUGCGUGCUGCUGGAGAAGGGCACACCGGGGCUCAGCUUUGGCAAGAAGGAGAAGAAGGUGGGCUGGAAUUCCCAGCCAACGCGGGCUGUGAUCUUUGAAGACUGUGUUGUUCCUGUCAGCAACUUGCUGGGAGCUGAAGGGCAGGGGUUCAACAUUGCCAUGAAGGGGCUGAAUGGAGGCAGGAUAAACAUUGCUUCUUGUUCAUUAGGAGCUGCUCAUGCCUCUGUUCUUCUGACCCAGGAACAUCUCAGUGUCCGCAAACAGUUUGGAGAACCCUUGGCCAACAAUCAGUACCUGCAGUUCAAGCUGGCAGAGAUGGCCACCCGCCUGGUGGCAGCACGGCUCAUGGUGCGCAAUGCAGCGCGGGCGCUGCAGGAGGGACAGGAGGAUGCGCCUGUGCUCUGCUCCAUGGCCAAGCUCUUCGCUACCGAUGAGUGCUUUGCGAUCUGUAACCAGGCUCUACAGAUGCACGGAGGCUAYGGCUACCUGAAGGAUUAUGCUGUGCAGCAGUUUGUGAGAGACAUCCGAGUCCAUCAGAUCCUGGAAGGUACCAACGAGGUGAUGCGGAUGAUUGUGGCCAGGAGUCUAUUACAGGAGUGAAGCCAGGAGCUAUCCUCCAGCCUUCGUGCRCUUCGUCUGCUGCAGCCUCAUCUGUUUCCCUCCUCUGAUCACCAGCUCUCCCCCAGGGAGUGGAGACGGGGAUACCCAAGUGGAAACAGCGUGACUUAUAUUGACCCCAAGCACAGCUGGAUACCACCCACGUGCUAUUACAGCUGCACUCGGUGCCAGGCAGAGCUGCUGUCACUAGGCAAGUAUUGUGCAGCCUAAAGAUAUAAAUCACAGCAGUGAAUAAGAGCAUUGGGCUCUAAACGGGUUGCUGCCACCCGUCCCUUUUGGAAAGAGGAACACUAGAUUUCUCGGUCAUCUCUGCUGAGGCAGGACUGAACCAAGCACUUCAGAGGAAGAGGUACAACCUACUUGCAUAGCAGUGUUCCUWUACCAAGGAAACACUGGGCUCCACAGAUCUAUUUGUCCUGUUUAAAAGCCUGUCCUCCAAGGUGCUGAGUGGCUCACCAGGAACAAGUGAGCCACAAACACUGCAUCUCUAAUCACUUGCUGAAAGCUUUUUAAUUGAAGAGGAGGAUGCCUCUUGUUCCUCUCUGCACACCACUUUUUCUAAUGUACCAAGUGCAUGUUCUGCCUGUUCCCACCAUCUACUGGUGCUUUUUCUCUCAAGGAAGCCCUGCAGUGCAGAGGUGCGAGCCAAAAAAUAAGGUCAAGCACAGAAACUUCUGAACUGUUCUCUCAAAUCA